AUGUUCCGCAACACCGCCAUCCAGUCCGCCCGUGCCGUCCGCACCGCCCAGGUGUCUCGCGUCGCCGCCCAGCGCGGAUUCACCGCCUCGGCUCUCCGGAACGACACCCAGAAGCAGCCCCCCAAGCCCGAGGACCUGGCCAAGGCCCUCGCUCAGGCGGACCAGGAUGCCCUCAAGGCCACCAACGAGCUCACGCAGAACCUCGCCAUGGCUGCGUUCGGCUCGCCCGACCAGCAGAAGCAGGCUCAGCAGAACCUCGCCCAGAUGAGCGACAAGAUGACCAACCAGCUCGCUCAGGCUCUCAACGUUUCGCCCAGCGACAUCAAGAAGGUUGGCAAGAACUACGAGUCUGCCGUCAACACCCUUCUCAGCGACCUCCAGCGUUCGCUCCAGGGCGACAAGGGUGCCCAGCAGGACUUCCUCAAGGACCUUGAGAAGGGUACCGACCAGGUCGGCACCGGCAUUGCCAAGCUCCUUGGUGCCUCCAACGACCAGAUCCGCAAGGCCCGCGACGAGUUCCACAAGCAGUCGCAGAACUUUGCCAAGGAGCUCGAGACCUUCCUGAACGCGCAGACCCCCGAGGGACAGGCCAAGAUCGGCUCCGCCGGCGCCAAGGUCAACCAGGCCGUCACCAACAGCAUCAACCAGACCGCCAAGGACUUUGAGAACGUCCUCAAGUCUGGCGGCAGGUCUGGAGCCUUCAAGCUCGCCAAGGACUACGAGAACACGAAGAACCUCCUCGGCGAGGCUCUCGCCGACCCCGCUGGUGCUGCCAAGUCCAUCCAGAAGGAGGACAACGCUAAGAGCGUCGGCAAGAUCGUCGCCGCUAUUGCCGCCGUCGGCCUCGGUGUCUACCUCUGGCAGAACCGCGGCGAGGUCAAGCAGGACGUUCGUGAGAAGGCCGCCGAGGUUAAGCAGGAGGUUAGGGACAAGGCCUACCAGGUGAAGGCCCAGGCGGACCAGAAGUCGGACAAGAUUGCUUCGGACGCGAAGCAGCUUCAGCAGGACUGGGACAAGGAGAAGAAGAAGAUCUAA